UACACGACUGGCUCCAUUGUCUUACACGUCAACUGAUGAACUUGAGAGAACAUAAACUGUGCAAGGGUUAAGCACUUUUGUCCUUCAGUUUUGCGAUAAUGGCAUGUUCCCGGUAGAGCUACUGGCAGGGAUUUUCCAUUGAGCUUUUAACCAACCCGUCAAGAGGAGAGGCUCUGAUAUUUUCCAAGAGCUGCGAUCCAAAUCAGCUGACAGGAUGUAGGUGGAAACAGGAGCAGGAAACCGGGCCGAGGGUUUGUGUCUGGCAGGGAACGGGUGAAAGGGAGAUGAAGAAGAUGAAGUAAAGAAGUGAAGGUGCUUCACUUGCACAUGACACUGCAGUUUGUGUAGAUGCUUCCUUCAAUACCAGAAUGAGCAUAAAGGCUUUUGAACUUUGUCUUGCUGUAGAGCGAGAUCUCUUAAUGGGAGACAAAGCCCGUAUCAAUAUUGAAUGUAUAGAAUGCUGUGGCAAAAAUCUUUACAUAGGCACUAAUGACUGCUUCAUCUUCCAUUUUUUACUUGAAGAAAAGAGUUUGGCAAAUGGAAAACAGACCUUUUCUGUCCAGCGGCAACCACACAAAUACUUGGGUUUAAAAAAGCCAGUUAAUGAACUUAAAGCAGCUUCCGCCCUCAAUAGACUAAUAGUUUUGUGUGACAAUACCAUUAUGUUGGUUAAUAUGCUCAGCUUGGACCUCAUACCUUCUGGAUCUAAAAUUAAAGGUGUUGUCACUUUCACUGUGAAUGAGAAUCCUGUAAGUGGUGAUCCAUUUUGUGUAGAAAUCUGUGUUAUUUCUAUCAAGAAAAGGACUAUACAAAUCUAUAUGGUGUAUGAGGAUAAAGUGCAAAUUGUCAAAGAGCUAUCAACACCAGAACAGCCUUCUGCAGUCAGUCUAGAUGGGUAUUUUCUCUGUCUGGCCUUCACCACACAAUAUAUAAUUUUGAAUUAUAACACUGGAACUUCACAAGAUCUUUUUCCAUAUGACAGCGAGGAGAAGAAGCCCAUAGUGAAGAGAGUUGGCCGAGAGGAGUUUCUUUUAGCUGGUCCUGGUGGUUUAGGAAUGUUUGCUACAGCAGCAGGGGUUUCACAGCGUGCACCAGUCCAUUGGUCAGAGAAUGUAAUUGGAGCAGCAGUGUGCUAUCCUUAUGUUCUGGCUUUGGAUGAUGGAUUUGUUACCAUUCAUAGCAUGUUGGACCAGCAGCUAAAGCAGACACUGUCUUUUCGGGAUGGACACAUUCUACAGGAUUUUGAAGGAAAAGUCAUUUUGGCAACAACAAAGGAAGUAUACAUGCUGGUACCAUUACCUCUGGAAAGACAAAUUCAAGACCUCCUUGCUAGCCAGAGAGUAGAAGAAGCCAUUGUAUUAGCAGAAGGUGCACGCAGGACUAUUCCUAAAGAUAAAUUCCAGGUUUUGCACAGAAGAAUUCUGCAACAGUCAGGAUUUAUUCUCUUUGGCCAGCUUCAGUUUUUAGAAGCCAAAGAGUAUUUCAGAAAAGGUCAUCUUGAUGUCAGAGAGCUGAUUUCUCUCUACCCUCUGCUUCUACCUUCGACAUCUACUUUUACACGUUGCCAUCCACCUUUGCAUGCGUUUGCUGACCUGAACCACCUCACCCAGGGUGACCACAAUAAGAUCAUAAAAUGCAAGCAAUUUCUUAUUAGCUACUUGAAUGAGGUCCGCACAACAGAUGUAGCCAAUGGCUGUAAAGAGGAUGUUGACACUGCACUUUUGAAACUGUAUGCAGAAACAGGCCAUGAAAGCUUGUUGGAUUUAGUGGCAUCUGAGAACUCCUGUCUCCUGGUGGAUUGUGUUCCAUGGCUGGAAAAGUACCAUAAAUAUUUUGCACUGGGACUUCUUUAUCACUAUAAUAGACAAGACGAUACAGCAAUUCAGAUAUGGAUAAAAAUAGUCAAUCGGGAUCUUCAAGACAACACUCGAGCAGAUUUGUUUGAAUAUAUAGUGGAUUUUCUCAGCUUCUGUUCUAAUCAGGAACUUGUUUGGAAAUAUGCAGACUGGGUGUUACAGCAGAAUGAAAAGAUUGGUGUUCAUAUUUUCACAAGACGGCCAGUAAAUGAAGAUAAGGGAGUUAAACUAAAUCCAGAUGUUGUAAUCAAAUACCUUCACAAAUACCCUCAAGCAAUUGUUUUCUAUCUUGAACAUUUGGUGCUUGACCGAAACAUUCAGAAAGAGGCAUUUCAUACUCAUCUGGCAGUCCUAUACCUUGAAAGAUUUUUGGAUCUAUAUUCUCAAAAGAAACAUUCAUCCGACGAACUAAGCUAUGUCAGAGGCAAACUUCGAACGUUUCUUCAGCAGUCCAGUCUAUACAGGGUUCACUUCAUUCUUGGUAAAAUUAAGGACACACAACUUGAUUUGGAGUGUGCAAUUCUUUAUGGAAAGUUAGAAGAACAUGACAAAGCAAUGAAUAUUCUUGUUCACCAACUGAAAGACUUCAAGGCAGCAGAAGACUAUUGUAUAUGGAACUCCAAAGACAGGGACUUCUCCUAUAGACAGAAGCUAUUUCACAUGCUGCUGUCAACAUAUAUGGACCCUCUUUUAACUAGCAGUGAAUUAUCAGUUGCUGCUGUUGACCUUUUGAAUAGCCAUGCAGAAGUAUUUGAUGCUACUUGGGUUUUAAGGCUUGUACCAGAUAACUGGUCUAUGCAGCUAUUAUGUCCCUUUCUGAUUGAAGCAAUGAGAAAAAGCAUGCAUUCCACGCGAAUGUCUCAAGUUGCCUUGGCACUGGCACACUCAGAGAAUCUGAUCUAUAAGCAUGAGAAGUUAAAAUGCCAAGCGGAGAAAGUGAUGCUUUCCGAAAAAAAGGGCUGCCAACUAUGUCACAACACGUUCAACAAUCCAGAGUUUGUGUGGUACUCCAAUGGUGUUCCUGUUCAUACUCAUUGUGCAAUGAAAAGAAAUAAGAAUCUCACAGAUAUGAAGCACUUGAGAGAUGCCAGCAAUCAUACCUGAUGGACACAUAGUGAAUGAUUGUGCUUAUUCAUCAGAAAAGAAAAAGAACUCUCGCAUCGAGAAAGGAGGCCAAGUGAGAAACACAAUUAUGGCUUGAACAAAAUGUCGAAAGGAGCACUGGAAUAUAAUAACACUGAACAGGUGGCAACGAAUGUGUACGGUAUGAGACCGUGCAAAGAAAUGGAAGGACUGUGCUGGAACAGAGUUUUUCUACUCAAUCUGUUAUGUUUUUUUAGAUAACACACUGUAAGAAGAGCUACAUUCUACUCUGCCAAGUUCAUGUACUGGUUAUAUCAAUCAAUACUAUCCUGUUUUGUACAUUGAAAUAAAAAAAUGAUGGUUUGGUUAUAGCAGACAUAACCCAAUAAGUGAGUGCUUUAAAAUGAGCGACCCAUGAUGGAGGUGGCAUUCCUAGGUUGAGGCGUUUUAUCAUUUCUAAUUAUUCUUAGUAUCAGCAAGGCAGAAAAACCUCAAACUUUUGAAAUGAAGCACAAUUACUUGCAGCCUGAUAAGGCAGACAGCCAUUUUGUCUAGGAUAGGAUCCAGUUUAGCACUCCUUCAUGUCAGGGUAGGUUUAGACUGUCCACUGUCUGAAAUCGGGGCAAGACUGUGAUGAAAACAGAUUGAAUCUAACUAAAGAAUGUGAAUUAAAUUAAAUAUAUAUGCAUAUCCUUGGCUUCUGUGGGCAUGAUUACUGGCAUCCUAGUGCACUAGGGAUCUGUUCAGUCAAUCCAUUGCUAUUUUUAGUAUUGUUAAAGGUACCUUCUGUAGACUUUUAGAAAUGGCAUUCUUAAAUAUUAGGAGCUGAAGCUUUACGCUGUGAUCAUUCAACGGACCACUCCUCAGUAGCUCUUACAAUCUGGCAGCCUGGUAGUGUAUUUAUUUAUUCAUAGUAAGAACUAAGCUGUCCGCUUACCUUUUAAGUAGCAGAUUUAGUGAUAUAGGGUUGGUUUACCUUCAUUAAAACUACAACAGAAAAACCCAAAAGUGAUGGAUUUAAAAUACUAAAUUCUAAACCACACGGCAAAGCUUACACGUCCAUACAUAUGUAUGCCAUCCCUUUACGUACUGUAAACACUAAGAGAAUACUUCAAAAAUGUUCUGUGUCCUUCAUUUUUGUAAACUCCUUUUGUUUUUGUGACCAAACAUUCUCCAGAUUUACUGUAUAUAGCAAUGUCUGCUUGCUAAAUCCAUUGAGAAUACCUCUUCUAAUCGUUAAAACCAGUACAGCAAAGUUUACAACAUUUGAAAUUCUCUCUUCCAGUCAAUUUUAUUUAGUGUAAAGGUCAUAUUACUUUAGUCUUUUGCCAUCAGAUUUAAAAGUUGUGUCAUUUUUUUAUGAACAUUUUUGGACCACAGGACACAAGUAGAGUGACUGCAAUGAUGUUUUAGCUCAUAACGGUUUUAAAAUAGUUCCUGAAGAAG